CCGCCCCUCGGCGCCGGCGCGUGGGGAUCCCCCGACACCUGAGGUGGAUGCCUCCCGGGAGGCCCCGGGGGCCGAGCCGGGCGAGAAGGUCUCACGUUCAGAGCGUUAGCUUUGGGGCCCCUGGACUGCUGUAAUGGAAACUGAGAGUGAACAGAACUCCAACUCCACCAAUGGGAGCUCCAGCUCAGGGGGCAGCACGCGCCCCCAGAUAGCUCAAAUGUCACUAUAUGAGCGGCAGGCAGUGCAGGCCCUGCAGGCAUUACAGAGACAGCCUAAUGCAGCCCAAUACUUCCACCAGUUCAUGCUUCAGCAGCAGCUCAGCAAUGCCCAGCUGCACAGCCUGGCUGCCGUCCAGCAGGCCACGAUUGCAGCCAGUCGGCAAGCCAGCUCCCCGAGCACCAGCACACCUCAGCAGACCACUACCACUCAGGCCUCGAUCAAUCUGGCUACCACAUCUGCCGCUCAACUCAUCAGCCGUUCUCAGAGUGUGAGCUCCCCCAGUGCUACCACUCUUACCCAAUCUGUACUCCUGGGGAAUACCACCUCUCCACCCCUCAACCAGUCUCAGGCUCAGAUGUAUCUUCGGCCACAGCUGGGUAACCUGUUACAGGUGAACCGGACCCUGGGCCGGAAUGUGCCCCUGGCAUCCCAGCUCAUCCUUAUGCCUAAUGGGGCUGUGGCUGCUGUCCCAGAAGUGCCAUCUGCUCAGUCUCCGGGAGUGCACACAGAUACAGAUCAGGUGCAGAACUUGGCAGUGAGGAGCCAACAGUCUUCAGCCCAGGGUCCCCAGAUGCAGGGCUCUGCUCAAAAGGCCAUUCCCCCUGGAGCCUCUCCCACCACAGGCCUUCCCCAAGCCACUGGCCAGCCUUUAGCUGUGGCUCAAGCUUCCUCUGGAGGGGCAGGGCAGUCCCUCAACCUCAGUCAAGCUGGGGGGAGCAGUGGGAAUGGCAUCCCAGGAUCUGUGGGGCCGGUGGGUGGCCAGGCAUCUGGGGGCCUGGGUCAGGUGCCCUCUUCAGGGCUCGGUGGUGGGAGCUGCUCCAGGAAAGGCACUGGGGUGGUGCAGCCUUUGCCUGCAGCCCAGGCAGUGACAGUGAGCCAGGGCAGCCAGACAGAGGCAGAAAAUGCAGCAGCCAAGAAGGCAGAGGUAGAGAGCAGUGGACAGCAGAGUGUGGGCAUGAACCUGACCCGGACAGCUACACCUGCCCCCAGCCAGACCCUUAUCAGCUCAGCAACCUACACACAGAUCCAGCCCCACUCGCUGAUCCAGCAACAGCAACAGAUCCACCUACAGCAGAAGCAAGUAGUAAUCCAGCAGCAGAUUGCCAUCCACCACCAGCAGCAGUUCCAGCACCGGCAGUCCCAGCUGCUCCACACAGCUACCCAUCUCCAGUUAGCCCAGCAGCAGCAGCAGCAGCAGCAAGCCCCAGCCCUCACUGCCCCGCAGCCCCCACAAGUCCCACCUCCCCAGCAAGCCCCAGCGCCACAGUCUCAGCAAGCUCAGACCCUGGUUGUCCAGCCUAUGCUCCAGUCCCAGGCCCUUGCACUCCCCCCUGACUCUGCCCCUAAGCCACCCGUCCCCAUCCAAUCCAAGCUGCCUAUGGCAUCCAUUAAGCCCCCUCAGUUAGGGGCCACCAAGAUGUCUGCUACCCAGCAACCUCCACCACAUAUUCCGGUUCAAGUUGUGGGAAGCCGGCAGCCAGGUUCUGCCCAGGCACAGGCUUUAGGAUUAGCACAGCUGGCAGCUGCUGUGCCAGCUUCUCGGGGAAUGCCAGGCACAGCGCAAGGAGUGGGCCAGACCCAUGUAACUUCCCCACCCUCCCAGGCUACUGGUACUCUGCAGGAGGUCCCUCCACCACUGGCCCCUGGGGUCAGCUUGACCCCUAUGCAGGGGACAGCACAUGUGGUAAAGGGGGGAGCCGCUGCCUCACCUGUUGUGGCCCAGGUGCCUGCUGCCUUCUAUAUGCAGUCUGUCCAGCUGCCGGGCAAACCCCAGACUCUGGCUGUUAAGCGAAAGGCUGAAUCUGAGGAAGACAGAGAAGAAGCCUCCACUAUAAACACUGUGCUUCCUGCCAAGUCAUCACCAAUUGUAGAGAGUCCCAAAACCAUGGAAGAAAAGGGCAGCCAUGCAGAGAAAGCUGAGCGUGUCAACAUGGUCCCUAAUACUCCUAGCAGUGACCUAGCAGUCUCAACCUCCACCCCAUCAGCACCACCCCCUACGCUGGCCAUGAUGUCUCGACAGAUGGGGGACUUGAAACCCCCACAGGCCAUUGUGAAACCUCAAAUCCUCACCCACAUCAUUGAAGGCUUUGUCAUCCAGGAAGGGGCAGAACCUUUCCCGGUGGGCUGUUCUCAGCUCUUAAAGGAGUCUGAGAAGCCAUUACAGACAGGGGCUCCUACAGGGCUGAAUGAAAGCCAACCAGGUGGCCCCCUAGGAGGGGACAGUCUAACUUCAGAGCUGGAUAAGAAAACCAAUCUCCUGAAGUGUGAGUACUGUGGAAAGUACGCACCAGAAGAGCAGUUCCGUGGCUCCAAGAGAUUCUGCUCCAUGACAUGUGCUAAGAGGUACAAUGUGAGCUGUAGCCACCAGUUCCGACUGAAGCGGAAGAAGAUGAAAGAGUUUCAGGAGGCUAACUAUGCUCGAGUAAGACGGCGCGGGCCUAGACGAAGUUCCUCUGACAUUGCCCGGGCCAAGAUCCAGGGCAAGAGACACCGGGGUCAAGAGGAUUCUAGCCGGGGCUCAGAUAACUCUAGUUAUGACGAAGCGCUAUCCCCCACAUCCCCUGGGCCUUUAUCAGUGAGGGCUGGUCAUGGAGAACGGGACCUGGGAAAUCCUAACACAGACCCCCUAACACCAGAGCUGCACGGUAUCAACCCAGUCUUCCUAUCCAGUAAUCCCAGCCGCUGGAGUGUGGAAGAAGUCUAUGAGUUCAUCGCCUCUUUACAAGGAUGCCAAGAGAUUGCAGAAGAGUUCCGCUCCCAGGAGAUUGAUGGGCAGGCUUUGUUACUACUCAAAGAAGAACAUCUCAUGAGUGCCAUGAAUAUCAAGUUGGGCCCAGCCCUCAAGAUCUGCGCCAAGAUCAAUGUCCUCAAGGAGACCUAACAGAGUCCUCCCACAGACUAGCCCAAAGUGGGCCCUCCCUUGCUGCCCAAGCUGCAACCUGCUGAGGACCAGCAGAGAUCUGGGCAGGGGAAGAGAGAGCGGUCUUACCAGCGGGGAACAAACAGGAAAAAUGAGUUUUCACCCACCCCCUGAUAAACUUUGCUGUUACCAUAUGACAACAGCUUUGACACUUCUCAGUUCUAGUUUAUUUUUUAAAAAAUGGUUCCUUCCUCACCAUCCUACCCUUCCCAACACCCCCAAAUCUAUAAGACCUGGAGGACAACGGUUGCUCAGCUCUGUCCUGGAUGGUGGGUCUAGCCAGGGCUUCAGUUCUCCUGGAAGACUAUGGUGGAGCAAGUGAGAUCUGGGGCUGUUUCCCUCAGUGGGGCGAUAAGGGUAGGAUUGUCUAGUCUAUGGUACCUCUCAGACUGUACCACUGUAGCUGAGGCCGAGUCCCUUUUCCUGAGUACCUCAAAGCUCUACCUGCUCCAUGGCAGGGCUGCUGACCUCUCUCUCUGUCUCUCUCGUUGACUCAUAACCUCCUGAGUUGCUGUAGGGACAUACGGCAUGUUUGUGGCUGGCACGUGUGUGGUUUUUCUUGUUCCCUUUGCCCCCCAUUCAUCCAUUGGCUUUCUUCUACUCUACCCACCCUUCUUCCUUUUCUUUCUACUUCUUCUCUCUCCCUUAGCUUUACAAGGCAGGAGUAUGAGUUGCUGGGGACAGGAGUAUAAGCACCUGCCUCAAACCCUGUUUCUUGUACAACAAAAAUAUCAAAUAUUUUUUUUCUUCCUUAGUAAAAGGAUGAAAACUGG